AUGAGUUUGAAAGAUGCUGACAGUGCAGUUUGCCAGGCAAAGGCAGCCUAUAAUCUUCAUAUUUACCCCCAACUCUCAACCGAAAGUGCUCCCUGUUGCAAAGUGACAGCAACCAAGGACAGCACCUCUUCAGAUGUCAUCAAGGAUGUCAUUAGUAUCUUAAACUUGGAUGUCUCAAAACAUUAUGUGCUUGUGGAAGUGAAAGAAUCAGGUGGUGAAGAAUGGGUGCUUGAUAUAAAUGAUUCACCUGUGCAUCGAGUUCUGCUCUGGCCUCGCCGUGCUCAGGAUGAGCAUCCCCAGAAGGAAGGGUACUAUUUUCUCUUGCAAGAGAGAAACACUGAUGGGACUAUCAAGUACGUCCAGAUGCAGUUGCUUCCCAAGAAGACAGAUGCACGACGGUUGGUGGAAAGGGGUUUUCUUCCCUGGCAUCAGGAGGACUUUGAUGACUUGUGCAACCUCCCCAACUUAACAGAGACAACUCUCCUGGAGAAUCUCAAAUGCCGCUUUCUGAAAUACAAAAUUUACACUUAUGCAGGAAGUAUUCUCAUUGCAAUUAACCCCUUCAAGUUCCUGCCCAUUUAUAAUCCUAAGUACGUCAAGAUGUAUGAGAAUCACCAGCUUGGGAAGCUGGAGCCUCAUAUCUUUGCCAUUGCUGAUGUGGCUUAUCACACCAUGCUCAAGAAGCAGGUUAACCAGUGCAUCGUGAUUUCAGGGGAAAGUGGCUCGGGGAAAACUCAAAGCACAAACUUCUUAAUUCACUGCCUCACAGCACUGAGCCAGAAAGGGUACGCAAGUGGCGUGGAGAGAACUAUUCUAGGAGCGGGACCAGUUCUGGAGGCAUUUGGGAAUGCAAAAACAGCACACAACAAUAACUCCAGUCGCUUUGGAAAGUUCAUUCAAGUCAACUAUUUAGAGAAUGGUAUUGUCCGAGGGGCUGUCGUUGAAAAAUACCUGCUUGAAAAAUCUCGCCUAGUUUCUCAAGAAAAAGAUGAAAGGAACUACCACGUCUUUUAUUACUUGCUACUUGGAGUCACUGAGGAGGAACGUAAAGAAUUUCACCUCAAGCAACCUGAAGAUUAUUUCUACCUCAAUCAGCAUAACUUGAAAAUCGAAGAUGGGGAAGAUCUCCGACAUGACUUUGAGAGAUUAAAACAAGCCAUGGAGAUGGUUGGCUUUCUGUCAGCAACAAAGACCCAGAUUUUUUCAGUACUUUCAGCUAUUCUGUAUUUGGGCAACGUUACAUACAAGAAGAAAGCCACAGGGCGUGAUGAAGGGUUGGAAGUAGGACCUCCUGAAGCGUUGGACAUUCUUUCCCAGCUUCUGAAAGUUAAACGAGAAAUUCUAGUAGAAGUGCUAACAAAAAGAAAAACAGUGACUGCUAAUGACAAACUCAUUUUGCCCUACAGCCUCAGUGAGGCAAUAACAGCUCGUGAUUCGAUGGCCAAGUCCCUGUACAGUGCUCUGUUUGACUGGAUCGUGCUGCGCAUCAACCACGCGCUCCUCAACAAGAAGGACAUGGAGGAGUCUGUUACGUGUCUGUCCAUUGGUGUUCUUGAUAUUUUUGGAUUUGAAGACUUUGAAACCAACAGUUUCGAACAGUUCUGUAUAAACUACGCAAAUGAGCAGCUUCAGUAUUAUUUCAAUCAGCAUAUUUUCAAACUGGAACAGGAGGAGUAUAAGAGUGAAGGGAUCACUUGGCAUAAUAUUGACUAUACUGACAAUGUGGCCUGCAUUCACUUAAUCAGCAAGAAGCCCACUGGCCUCUUCUAUCUUCUGGAUGAAGAAAGCAAUUUUCCACAUGCUACCAACCAAACUCUACUUGCAAAAUUCAAACAGCAGCACGAGGAGAACAAGUUCUUUGUUGGAACCCCGGUGAUGGAGCCUGCUUUUAUUAUUCGACACUUUGCUGGAAAAGUUAAAUACCAGAUAAAAGAUUUCAGAGAGAAAAAUAUGGAUUACAUGAGACCAGAUAUCGUCGCUUUGCUGAGAAGCAGUGACAGUGCCUAUGUCCGGGAGCUGAUCAGCAUGGACCCCGUGGCUGUGUUCCGCUGGGCCGUGCUGCGUGCUGCCGUCAGAGCCAUGGCUGUCUUUGCAGAGGCUGGGCGUCAGAGAGCCCGGAAGGCUGCAGGAGUGGUACGUCAAGGACCCAGAGUUCCCCUUGGAGAACUCCAGAGAUCAAAUACACCCGUAGAAAAAGUUUACCGCUGCUCAGUGCUUGAUUUCUCGUUUGAUUGUUCUGAGGAUUUCGAUAUAAAUGCUUUUGAGGACAUCAUUUCUCUUUAUGAGAACAAGAAAGACAUGCAUGAACAAAUCAUCGCAAGUAUUAAAGGACUCCCAUGGCAGGGGGAGGAUCCCUGUAAGCUGCUUCGGUCGCUCAAUCUGCUUCAACACCACUCCCACUUCAUGAAAAGUAGAGGUAUGAAACAAAAGCAGAUCAUUCCCAAGAACUUGCUGGAUUCCAAGUCUCUGAAGCUUAUAGUGAGCAUGACCCUGCAUGACCGAACGACCAAAUCCCUCUUGCACUUGCACAAGAAGAAGAAACCCCCUAGCAUAAGUGCACAGUUCCAGACUUCCCUGAACAAGCUGUUGGAGACACUAGGCAGAGCUGAGCCGUUCUUCAUCCGCUGCAUUCGCUCCAAUGCCGAGAAGAAAGACAUGCUGUUUGAUGAGAGCUUGGUGCUUCAGCAGCUGAGGUACACUGGCAUGCUGGAGACGGUGCGCAUCAGAAGGUCUGGCUACAGUGCCAAGUACACCUUCCAGGAAUUCAUAGACCAGUUUCAGGUGUUGCUGCCCAAAAAUGCCAAAGCCUCUAAGGAAGACAUCUGUGUUUAUUUGAAUAAACUAAAAUUGGAUGAGAACUACUAUCAAAUAGGGAAAACCAAGGUGUUUAUGAAGGAGGCUGAGCGGCAGAAGCUGCAGGAUACGUUGCACAGAGAGGUGAUGCGGAAAAUCAUUCUGCUGCAGAGCUGGCUGCGGAUGGGUCUGGAGAGGAGGCGCUUCCUCAGGACACGGCAGGCAGCCAUCGUCUUACAGGCCUGCUGGCGUUCCCGGUGCCUUAGGCUGGCGCUGCAGAGGAGCAGCGCAGCUGUGUGCAUCCAGGCAGCUUGGCGAAGGUACAGGGAGAGAAAAUGCUACCUCCAGCAGAAGAGGAGAGUUUGUCUUCUGCAAGCCAUGUACAGAGGACAUCUACAACGUCAAAGAUUUCAGAAAAUGGUCACAGAAAAGCGGAAAGCUGAAGAAAAGCAGAGAGAGAGGCAGGAAGGUCAGGUCGCAGAGAAUGAUACAAGCAAGGAUGAGCACAGUGAAAAAACAACAGACCGACUGCCUGUAAAACACAAGUCAGAGCUGGAUCAGGGUGCUGGGGACCAUGAUCAAACACCAAAUGAGCAACCUGCAAACGUGAACUGGUCUGAAAAAGCCACUUCCCUCCAGAAGAACGUGCCUGAGAGCGCCGAGAGAGUCCCAAGUAGCAGGGAGAAACGCGAGUCCCGGCGGCAGAGGGGGCUGGAGCACAACAAGUUACAGAACAAGCACGUCCUGCUCUCCUUUGAAGGGCCACCACACUGGCAGGGGGAGCCAACCUCUUCUGAAGGGGUCCUGGAAAUUCCUUCAGCCUCAGAGACAUUGGUGGCACAGGAUGCUGUCCUUCAGAGCAGCAGUGAGGGAGAGAAAAGUUCAGGGGAAGAGAAGGCUCUUUCAGACACACCAGCAUCAAGUGAGAUAAAAGAGAGCAGCUCUGUUCCUGAGCAGCCACCUGUGUCAGGAGAUGACCAGGCACUGGACAGGACAGAAACAAAAGGGAAUCAGAUGAAAGGCAGCCAAAGCCUCCUCGGCCAUGAGAGGCCAACACAUCUUGCACUGAACCUUCCCAGCGUGCUGGCUGAAUGCUGGGGAGAGAAGAACAAACACCUUGUGCAGAAGGCUGCCAAAGAUCUGGACAGUCCCACUUCUUCCCAAAUCCAGAGAUACGUGGAUGACCCAGGGAAGCUGAAGUACAAGAGAGAGAAGUGGAAAGGAAAGCGACAAUCCGAUGCUGGUCAGAAUGACAUGCUGAGUCAGUCCUUGGAUGAGAGAACAUGUGUGGAUAAGUCUCCUCAGAAGCAGCUUGAAAAGAAGGGGAAUUCAUUUUCGUUAAGUGAUCUCUCAACACUGGCCCAGUCUGUUGCUAUGAACCAGCCAUUGCCGGAUACAAUAGAAGAAGGAAAAAGCCCCAAGAAGCAGGCUGUGCAAAAGAGGCCCAGUGACCUCACACCUACCUCAGAUGCAUUUGUUUCCCUGCAGUCCACGAGUCAGCAAAUAGAUGCCAGGUCUGCUUUUAAAAGUCCUCUGCGUAGACUCUUGGGGAAAAAGCCAGACAAGAAAAUUCCAAAGGAGAGUCCUGAUGUGAUUGAUGAAGGAGAAGGCCUAUCCCUUAUAUCUUGUAUCCUCUUUCCAGAGACAGGAGGAACCCAGAAAGCCUCAGAAACUUCCUCUGGACAGCCAAGUCGCCUGCAGGCUGGGGAGCGCCACGGGAAGGAGAGCAGCAAGGUGAGGAAGAACCGGACCAUAAAGAUCAGCAAGAUCUCCAGUGUGUCCCAGAACUGGAGAGCAUCCAUGGCCCGCGAGAUUGCCAACGCCAAUGAACUGAAACACCUGGAUGAGUUCCUCUUGAACAAGAUCAAUGACCUGCGCUCCCAGAAGUCUGGUGUGGAAUGUUUGUUUUUUGAAGCCACUGAGAAGUUCAGAGGGAACAUCAAGACCAUGUAUUCUGCUCCUAAUGGGCAAAUCCACGUUGGCUACAAAGAUCUGGCAGAAAAUUACCAACUUCUAGUUACAAAUCUGGCCCAAAAAAGGGAAGAGAAAGAAGUCAAGCUGGUUUUGAAUCUUUUCCAGUCCCUUCUGGAUGAAUUCAUCAGAGGAUACACAAAAAGAGAUGAAUCUGAGCAGCCCAAGCAGACCAAAGCCCAGAAGAAGAAACGGAAACAAGACCGUGCAAUUGAAGAACACAACGGCCACGUUUUCACAAACUACCAAGUGAGCAUACGGCAGUCGUGUGAGCACUGCUGCUCCUACAUCUGGCCCAUGGAAAAGGCUUGCCUCUGCAGUGUUUGCAAGCUGACUUGUCACAAGAAAUGCAUGCCCAAAAUCCAGAGCAGCUGUAUGUCGUGUGGAAAAAAGAAUGAACAGGAUGCAGAACCACGUCACUUUGGAGUGUGUGUGAGUUCCCUGACCAGUGAGAGGAACUCAGUUCCUGUUGUCAUGGAGAAGCUGCUGGAGUAUGUGGAGAUGCACGGCCUCUACACCGAGGGCAUCUACAGGAAAUCAGGGUCAGCAAAUCGUAUGAAGGAGCUGAAACAGUUGCUGCAAGCAGAUCCAAACUCGGUGAAACUGGAGAAUUACCCUAUCCACACCAUCACAGGCAUCCUGAAGCAGUGGCUGCGGGAGCUGCCAGACCCCCUGAUGACAUCCGCGCAGUACAACGACUUCCUGCGAGCCGUGGAGCUACCAGAAAAACAGGAGCAACUCUGUGCCAUUUACAGUGUCCUUGAACAGCUGCCACAAGCAAACCAUAACACCUUGGAGCGCCUCAUCUUCCAUCUGGUCAAAGUGGCUUUGAUAGAAGAUGUCAACCGUAUGUCACCCAAUGCCUUGGCCAUUGUUUUUGCUCCGUGCCUCUUGCGUUGUCCUGAUACCUCUGACCCCUUAACCAGCAUGAAGGAUGUUUCAAAAACAACCAUGUGUGUGGAGAUGAUGAUAGAAGAGCAGAUAAGGAAGUACAAGAUAAAAAUGGAUGAAAUAAAUCAGCUGGAGGCAGCUGAGAGCAUCGCUUUUCGACGGCUCUCAUUGCUUCGGCAGAAUACGCUCUGGCCUGUAAAACUUGGGUUUUCUUCCCCUUAUGAGGGGAUGCUGAGUAAAAGCUGCCAGGCCAAAGGAAGUGACACUGGCAGCUUAGGAUUGGACUCAGUACACGAAGAGGAGGAAGUUUCUGAAGUUGAUAGUCGGGAGAAGGAGAUUCUGAUCGAUCGCAUACAGUCGAUAAAGGAAGAGAAGGAGGAUAUCACCUACCGCCUACCCGAGCUCGACCAGCGUGGCUCUGACGAGGAGAACAUGGACUCGGAGACCUCAGCAAGUACGGAGAGCCUGCUGGAGGAGAGGGCAGGGCGGGGGGCUACGGAAGCAAUUCCUGGAUUACACUGCUGUGCUCAGAGCUCCAGCAUGCCUGUCAAAGACAUUUGCAAAGUGCCUUAUCUUUUGCAAGCCUCUUCAGACUCUUCUUUUGCAUCCCUGUCUUCAAGACACCGACCAUCUUUGACACUGCCCAAGAUGAAAGUGCCCCGUCGAACUCCAGUCAUGCCAACAGCAAAUAUAAAACUUCCUCCUGGGAUUUUCAAAUGUACAGAAGGAUCUCAGGGCAGGAUUUCAGCUAAGGAGGAGGCUCAGGUACUGGUGAGACGACGGGAGCAGCCAGCAAGGCGAAUGGACAAAAUCCACUCUGUGUAUGUGGCACAUGGGUCUGCAGUGGCGCAGGAGCUCUCAGGGGGAUGCGAACCAACAGACAAAGUUCAACGUAGGUUUUCAGACCCCUACUCUCACCUUCCCUGUCUGGAGCAGUGAAGUUCUGGAACUGUCAGAACCUUUUCUGAAGUUGAGUGCAGCUUUGGCUGUAACUCUUCGGAGGCUGUGAACUUGUUCUGAAGAGGCUGCCUGGAGGGCAGCCUCCAUGUAUACAGUACUGUAAGGGUUAAGCAAGGAUGUUUAAAACAAAGAUUCUUCACCUUAAAUUAAAACCCUGCAAAGAAAGUAGAAGGCAAGCCUGGUGGAGCAAAAUGGAUGGAUUUGAGCGUGCAGGAAAUGAACAGCCCCCAGAUUCUGCUGCCAUGCCUUUUUCCGGUUGCCUUACACUGGACUCUAAUGGGACCAACUAUGAGGUUUUGGGUCAACUUGUGUUGCUUUUUUUUUUUUUAA